AUGACCGAGUUGACACCAACAAAACAAAAAUGGCUGUUAGAAGCCUUAAAAUCGGACUUUUUGCCCUCGAUAACCUCCAAAUUACGCCAAAACACCGACAUCGAGUCUUUGGUCAUCGAAUUAACCUCAACACCGGAACUCCAGCGCCUGCUGGCAGCUUCGAAGCAAAAGACCCUCCCCGCCGAGCAAGAAAGUGCUUGCAGCGCCCUCUCCUUCGACACGGACCCCUGGAGCCCCUUCAAGGCCCAAACGGACAUUCCGAACCUGCUGGAAUCUCUCGCUCCGUCGAAACCUAACCACGUCCGCUUGGCCAGUUUCGAAAUCCUCCUCGAGAGCGACCUGGCCUCCCCCCUCCCCGACGAAGUGUUCCGCAGUUUACUCGGAGUUCUCCGGCAGGGUCUUCUGGACUCCAGCAGCCCAAUUUUCGCGGCCAGUUUACAGGCUUACAAUCGCCUGCUAACCACUCCAAAGGGCCCCGAAGUCUUCAGCAGCCUCCUGAGUCUGUUCGAUGCGUACUUCGACAAAAAAAACUUGGAACAAGUUCCGAACUUCAACACUGGAGUGAACUUCAAGAUUUUCUUCCAUGAAAAAUUGUUCAGAGUUCUGCACUUGAUCAUUUCGCAGAUCUCUGACCUUGCCCAAGUUCGCCCUCAAGCUCAAGCUGAAGAAACUAUCGAGGAGUUCCUGGAGUUCCUGACGCGGAACUCCGGAACUCUGCAGAAAAAUUUGAAAGUUCUCAAUCUGGUGGCUAUUUUGGAACCUGGAGCGUUUUGGGUGAGAAAAUGGACCCGGAGUUCCGCUGCUAGAAAGAUUUUUAUAGCCGCAGUCACCAAGAACUCGGAUUUCCUGCAAAUCGUGCUUCACCAGGUGCAAACUGGCCUUCAGAACUCUGGAACUAUCGUUGCCACAAUAGAGAACUCCGUCUUCAUAUCCGGAGAAACUGUCGAGACCUUGACGUACUUCCAUUGCCUUCAUUUCAUGGCACUGGUCUUCGGUUCCGCGGAUGGCAGGCAGGUUAUUACCGAGGAACCAUCACCUGCGGAGUUCUGUAAGAAGUUAGUGGCGUUCCUGAACAGUUCCGCGGGGAACUCGACCUCUUCUAGGCCAGUUUAUAGGGAAACAAGGCUGGCUUUGAGCAGAGUUCUGACUCCUCAGUUUCCGGUGGACACUGGUCUGUUCCACUUGGUGGUAAAGCCACUUCAAAGUGGGAAGAUUUGGGCGCACACUGUCGACGCUUUGGUUGUGAUGGCGGAACUCCAAGAUGGACGGGCGUUCUUGAUGGAAAAUGGCGUUGGAAAGAUCUUGAUGUUGGCGGGGGAACUCCUAAGGCAGCCGUUCGCAGUGAUGGACGUGGAACUGGUGGUCCAGAUGUUCAAGUUCUUGGAGCAGUUCUUUGAAGUUGAAGUGGUGGUGGAGGAACUUGAGGAACUGAUGGAGGCAUUGGAGUUUUUUUAUAAUAAGAUUGAUAAGUGUGGGAUUGGGUUUGAAAAUUGGACCCAGCAGCUUGAUGCGGCUGCGAAGAGCUUUGUGAUGAAGAUCGCGACGACUCCUAGGGGGCUGGAGAUGAUCAAGGACAGGGAAACGGUCCUUGAGGAAGUGAUUCGUGGGGCGAUUAAUCCGCUGAAGAACUCGUGGGAUAGUUUGGAAACGGUGUGUUUUAUCAGCGCCGCGGGGUUCUUUCAUCAGGCUAGAGGAAUCAUGCGGCAGCUAGUAGCUCAGACUUUUUCAAUGCUACUAGAGGAUAUUUAUAAGAAUCUGGAGGAGAGGGAGAUGUUUACGGAGCCCUGGGAGCAGGAGAAUGUUAAGAAGUAUGGACAUAUUGUGGCGCUGCUGGCUUUGAACACUGAAUGUUACAGUAUAUUUGCACUGGACUCGGGCGACAGCUGGCAGGAGGAAGAAUAUCCGAGGAGCUUUGGAGAGCUGCUCAGCCACUCGUUGAUGGAUCAAUCGGUUUAUCAUGAGCUGAGUCUUCGGGUUUUGGAAACUAUGGUAUGGAAUUUAGAUAUUUUAAUUCUGUUAAUGCACACUUAUGAUCUACAGACAAAAUUGCUGGAACUUCAAAAGAAUUGUCGGUUGGAAGUUUCGAAGUUUACAGAAAAAGUUGAGGAAGAUGAAUUUCAGGAAGAAAUUGCUGUGGAAAAUGAAGUACGUGGCGAAGUUAGUGAAGUACAUGAGAUUUAUGAUGGCUACGAAGUCUACAGAUUCGAGAGUGAGGGUGAAAGUGCAGUUUGUGAAGUUCAUGAAGUUUUUGCGGUGGAUCAUUGCGCUUAUUUGAGGCAUAAGAUACUUUGGAAUUCUUAUUUUUUCAAGCAUAAACUUAGUUGGGGUGAGGAGCCAGAGCGAGUGAAAAUUUUUGAUGCUUUUCCUCCAGCAGUUGAAGAUGAAGUGGGUCGAAGAAGUUCUGAGUCUGAGUCGGAACUUGACGAACUUCUUAGUGAAUGUAAGCCGGGGUUUAAAGAUAGUUCUUGGGCUUCGCAGAUUAAAAAAGCCCAUAAAAGUUCGCCUGGGGUUAUUAAGCAUGGAACCAUUUUAAAACUCCUGGAACAAAUGGAACAAGCAAUACCUACCGUAGAAUGGGUUGAAAUUUUCCAAUGGGAAGAAAAAUCCGCAUACUCCUGGCUACCAGAAGAAGAAAUAGGGUUUGAUUUAGCGGCUAGGUUCGCGGAAGACAACUGUGAACUUGAAGAACCCGAUAAAAUUAAAGAAAACUUGAAGGAAGUUUUCGGUAAAAUUCACGGAUUUAUUCAGUACGAAAAAGACGGAAAGUUUCGAGGAUUCGACUGGUUCUUGACCGUAAUAUUUGUUGUUUGUGACGGAAACGUCGAAAGAUGCAAGGGAUUUAUUAAACAAUUGGUAAGAUUGCCGUCAGCCGUUUACAUGUGGCGCAAUCUUGCGGCUGUUUUUGAUACCAACAAUGAGCAAGAAAACGGAACGCAGUUUAUUAUUGCUCGACAUAUCGAAGCCAUUGUUUGUACUGAGCUACCAAAGUUAAAUUUCGCGCUCAAGAGACAAUUCGGAAUAAAAUGGUGGAUAAUUUCCGACCGUCUGCUCACACAGAUGUUCAUGGGGGCGCUACCAUGGAAUGAAAUCUUGAACUUUCUAUGCGUCUGCCUCAUAAAUCUUCCAGAUUACAUCGUCUACUACUGCGUCUCGCUACUUCAACACUGCGAGCCGAUUAUAAUGAAGGACGUUAUCGACGGAAAUUCUUGGCCCGAAUUUCUGGAUCUAAGUGACUACAAAUGCCACGACUAUCUCAGUUUUAUGGAUAGGUUGGCUAAAAGAUACAGGAAUAAAGUUCUUCCUUCCAUGACGCACCAAGCCUCCGAGGAGGAAAAUGAAGACUAA